AUUUAUUUCUUUUUGAUUUGUUUCAAUAAUGUCAUCUGAAUAUGCUCUUCCAGGUGCCUAUGAACACCAUCAUCACCAUAACCAUCACAAUAAUCAAAACUGGCCGAUACCUGUUUCACUCGCCAUUUCCUCUGUAUUUUGCCCUACCGACGGCCUCUUGACCCAGCCUGUCCAAGACCAUCACCGGUUCCCGGGGGCCUGGGUGGACGAAGAAGAGCGGGCGGACAACCUUAGACAGACCAUCGCUACCUUGCGCAAAGAAACAAAAGAACUCGAGAAAACAGACUUGAUUGUCAAGAAGAGCAUCGAAAUUGUUGCGCAGAAACGAGUGUUGGCCCACACCAAGCAAAAGCGGAAACAGUCGCAGUGGGACUGGUGUGACAGGCCAGAAGAAGUCCACGCAAUGUCCGUGACCGGCCAUGAAUGGGAGUGGGAGUGGGUCCAAUAAGAAAGAGAUAAAGAUACACUAUCUAUUGAUCAUAUUCUAUCCAAUAUAAAUACAAGUACACACACACACACAGUAUAUAUAUAUAUACGUGCGUGUACAGUAGUCCUUUAUACAUAACAUCAUAUAUAUAUAUAUAUAUUAUAUUUCUUUUUAUUCUUUCUCCCCUUUUUCCCUUUUCUUCUUCUUCUUAUUUCAAAGCCUAUCUCUCUCUCUCUCUCUCUCUCUCUCUCUCUCUUUAUAUAUUCACACCUUUUAUAUAUUUCUUUUUUUUAUAAAAAAAACAAAUUCUUCAAUAAAUGUCACAUAGUCAGAACAGUCUGUUUCGUCAACAGCAACAACUCUAUCGAUCGUCUCAUUACCUUUCCAAACCAAAACAACCAGCUCAUUACACACCUCCACAAGACACAUCAACAGUCCAUGGCCGUAAAAGAAGACAAUCCGAAGAUGAAGAUAUGAUCUUUAGUGAAAACACCAAUACAAUUACCACUAGCAGCAGCAGCAGCAGUAGUAGUAGCAGCAGUAGCAGUAGUAGAGGUAGAAAUAAUAGUGGUAGUGGUAGCGCAGUAUCAGCAUCUCUACCUAUCGAAGAACGCAUAAAACGUAAUCGACAAGACACAGUCAAAGAAUUCCCAAUUCAAAAAUUACUAGCUACACUUGAUAAAGAAACUCUUAUUGACCUAAUCUCAAAUCUUGUCGAUUCAAAUCCACAACUUCAAUCCGAAAUCGAUGCUCAAUUACCAGAACCUACUAUCAAUUCUGUCACAUUGGUCAUUACUGAGCUUGAACGCAAACUGACAGACCUGAUUCCAGCAGAAUCAAAAACAGACGAUCGACUAGAAGAUAAGAAUUACGAGAGACUAAAACCGGCUCUUACGUCUCUUGUGUCAGCAGUGUUGGAAUAUGCAGACCACUUUUGUAAUCGGUCAGACGAGUUUCCUGGUACAAUAUUCUCCUAUCUUCAUUAUGCUACCUGUGUGAUCCAUCGCUUACCAGAAUGGAAUUCCAAAGAACACAACCAAUUGAAACAAGAUGCCUAUGAGACAUUGCUAACCUUUUGGAAAAAAGCAAUUGAUAUUGCAGCCUCAAAGUUACAGCAAGGAAAGAUCUAUGGACAGCAGGUGGUUACUGAGUGGGCAAAACAACUUUCAUAUCAUGAUACGGAAACGCACGGAUUAUUUGAGAAACCAAUUCAGCAGUUUACUGACCGGCUGGGUUGGAUUAUUGGACUCGACAGCCAACCCACUCCAGACAGCCAACCUCAUAAUCAUAGUCAUAAUCGUACAAUUCCAACAUAUCUACCAAGAUGGUAGCUUUUUAUUAUUGUUCCAUUAUAUAAAAGGCAUUACAAUAAAAAAAAACAAAUUGUCCUUUGUUUUUUAGUGUUAUUCUUU